GACUAAGGAUGUUUAUCAGCAACCGAGUAAGCCGUGAUAAAUAUUUCACGUAGUCACGGAGCAGCAAACAAAUCAAAUCAAAAAAACCAGAAGCAAUAAUACAAAAAGCAAAAGAAAUGGAGGCUAUGAAGGACUUGGCCCUUGAGACCUACAACAUAACACUCAAUCGGGAGUUGUUCAUCAACGAAUGGGCACAAGAAAGGUUGAGUUAUGCGGAGCCCCUUUGGCAUUUCUUCAGCUUACGACUUGAGCCAAACAACCUCAUCACCUUUCUGAUUCCCUUGAGCGGCAUCUUUGGCCAGGAAAUGCUAGUGCAUCUUCUGGCGGCGGUCAGCCUGGUCAGCACCUUGAACUCCUUCGAAAAGUGGAUCUUUCCGGAGAUGCGGCCUUUGUGGUUCCUGCGGGAGCAGUUUGCCGAUAGCAAAGUAGUCGUUAAGCCAAAUGUGGCCCUGUCGAGCCACCUGCUGAGCUGCGAGACGAGUGGCGGGCUGCCCUGCGGCCACUCGAUGACCUUCACGGUUUACGUCCUCAUCGUGUCAUCCUACGUCUUUGUCUACUGCUGGGAUCGCUUCGAGUCCUGGCGAUCGUCCUUCCACCGCUGCCUUACGUACCUGGUGAUCAUCUGCCUGGUGGUCUGCAUGUGGCUGAGCCGCCUCUACAUGGCCACCGAGUUCCUGCACCAGUGCAUCCUGGGCAGCUACUUCGGGAUCAGGGCUCUCAACACCUUCGAGGGCAACAUGAAGUACUUGUACUCCCGGCCACGUGGAUAUGCGUUGGCGUGCGUUUCCUUUCUUGGAGCACUUGCACUCACCGUUUACUUUGUAAAGCUGAGGCUCAACAUGGAUCCCCAUUUUGCAGUGCGACAGGCCUUUAAAUGGUGCCCGGAACCCACUUACAUGCGCCACGAAGCAAGUACAAUUUUUCUACUCGUCAGAGAUCUGGGAAAUCUUAUGGGCCUGGCACUGGCCUCUCCUCUCGAUAAAGUCAAGACCUCAAGGGACUCAACAUUUCUUCGGCGUUGCAGUGUCCUUGGAGUUUUGGAGCUCGUCAACUAUGGACUGCGUCUUGGCACUCCAAAGCAACACGGUCGUUUUGCCUUCUUGGCCUAUGAGUUUCUAAGAAACGUCUUUCAUUCCCUAAUACUUGUAAAGUUCGUUACCAAAUUUUACUAGAUUAAGGUAUUUUUUUUUUAAUUUUGUACAAAAAGAACCUAGGCAAUUACAUUUAAAAAUUCCAAAUAA